UAGUUUAACAAAAACCAAAGUCACAUAUAGAAAAAAAAAUAAAUAAAAAAAUCAAGAAAUCUAAAAUGGGUGAUCAGAGGGCAGAAUGUGAGCGAGUGUUCAAGAAGUUCGAUGAAAAUGGUGAUGGUAAAAUUUCAUGCUCGGAACUUGGUGCUGCUUUGAAGGAACUUGGUUCUGCUUCUGAAGACGAAGUUAAGAAAAGGAUGGCUGAGAUUGAUAAAGAUGGUGAUGGUUUUAUUUCAUUGGAUGAGUUAUUUGCUUUCCAAUCUGCCAACCCUGGAUUGAUGGAAAAAGUUUUUAAGAAAAUUUAAUAUAUAUAUAUAUAUAUAUAUAUAUUAAAAUGUUCCUAACAAGUAUUAAAUAUUUGUUUUCAUCAAGCCGAGAGAGUUUUUUUUUUUUUUUUUUUUGGAUAUAAAUUUAUUUGAUUUUACAAUCGUGUAUGUGUGGCGUACGUUGUCUUUUGCCUGUAAUACAAUGUAACAAAGAUUUGUGGUUAAAGACGAAUUGUUUGCUUCUUUUUUUC